CUCAAAACCCACGGCGCCGCCGCAGCCGCGUUCACGAAGCUUGGGGAGGCGAGCACCCCGAUCCGGCGAGGUGCCGCGAGCGAGGCAGCGAUGAGAGGCCGUGCGUCCCAUCUCCGCGCGCUCCUCUCGCGAGCGCUCUCUCCAAGCCUUCCUCCUCCUGGUCGCGCUCUGCCUCAGGUCACUAGGCCCGGUGCGUCUCCGUUCGGAGCUGGAUUCGUGGGGCGCGCGCGCUUCUUCUCCAUCGACGCCUCGGCUGCGACGCAGGGCGGGUCGAAGCCCCCUGCGCCGCCGCCGGCGGGUACUGCGGGCGGCGAGGGAGGGGGUGGUGGUCAGUCUGGGAAAUCUGAACAAGCGGACGCCGGGAAAGCCGUCCGCGGAGGGCCGGUGUCUUGGCUCAGUUUUCUACUCCUGCUUGUGACUGGAGGAGGGAUAAUCGUGUACUACGACAAAGAAAAGAAGCGUCACAUUGAAGAAUUGAAGAAUAGAACAAGUGCUGUGAAGCCUGGACAAUCAGUAGGCACUGCAGCCAUUGGCGGUCCAUUCAAGCUUUUGAAUCAUGAUGGAAAACCUGUUACUGAAAAGGAUUUCUUGGGCAAAUGGACGCUGCUUUAUUUUGGAUUUACACACUGUCCUGACAUUUGUCCAGAUGAACUCCAGAAAAUGGCUGCAGCGAUUGACAAAAUUAAGGAAAAGGCAAAACUGGAUGUUGUGCCAGUUUUUAUUACAGUUGAUCCUGAAAGAGAUACUGUUGAGCAGGUUCGGGACUAUGUUAAAGAGUUCCAUCCAGAUCUAGUAGGCCUCACGGGCACGACAGAUGAAGUAAGACAAGUUGCACGUGCUUAUCGAGUUUACUAUAUGAAGACAGAGGAGGAGGGUUCUGACUACCUUGUUGAUCACUCAAUUGUCAUGUACCUGAUGGACCCAGAGAUGAAGUUUGUCAAGUUUUAUGGCAAGAACUACGACACAGAUUCCCUUGCUGACGGUAUCGUUAAAGAAAUUAAAGAGCACAAGUAAACAGUAGUUGGAAUGCCACUUUGCAACGUCAGCCUUGUUUCUGAAUUUCUCCCGAGAGUUUUGUUAAAUCAAGCAAAAACCAAAUGGCACACGAGAUCAUGUGGCAAUAGCUGAUGACAUUUGAAUCUCGCGGCGGCUUUUAUUUCAGCAGAUUCGGGUGCACAUGUUGCGGUUUUGUGCACGUUUUUGUCACGGCAAACUUCUGCGUUAUUAGCUUGGGACGCUGUUCAUUGCUGAAUGUAAUUUUAUUUGCAUAGUUUCAUACCAGUUCAAUAUGAAACCUUUUUCCCCUUCUGCUCCCUCUGUUUUUUGAAUAUUUGGUUUCCAAUAAAAUAAGAACACAUCAAUUUGUGGAGUUUCU